CCUCAAUGCCUGUCGAUGUUCGUGCAUACUCUAAUUCUUCAUCAAAGCUGGUGGUGCGGUGGUCUCCACCUGUCUUCCCCAACGGAAACAACACCUACUACCUGCUCCGCUGGAAGCAGCAGGGCGAGGACCGUGAGCUCUACCAGCACAACUACUGCUCCAAAGAACUAAAGAUCCCAGUAAGGAUUUCAGCCACGGGUUUGACAGAAAUCGAGGACACCAAACCCACCAAUACUGAAACAGGGGGGCGGGACAAAGUUCCCUGUUGUCCAUGCCCUAAAACAGAGGAGGAUCUGAAGCGAAUCGAGGAAGACAUCUACUACCGCAAAGCCUUUGAGAAUUUCCUCCACAAUGCCAUAUUCACCCCCAGGUAA